CGUUUCCCUCUGUCUCCGCUCCGCUCUCAGUGCUCGGACAUAGGCUGAAGGCGCAGAGCCGAGUCCCGCUUUUGAGGGAAAUUCGAGGAAAGUCAGACGUCAUAGACACCCUGAUAGACCAUUAAAAGAGAACCCCAUCCGAGACGACAGACGUUUCGCCGCUUCUGUGCAGUUGUGUUGUAAUUUAUAUAAAAUGGAUCCAGUGACUCAGUCCGCCCAGAUAUCGUCGUCGCAAGGCUUUGCCGAUGGACAAAAUUCUGCUACCAAAGAAUCAAAGCUGUCUGAUUCCUUUCUUUCCUCUUCGCCUGUAUCUCUCAUUCAGUCUCCUCAAGCUAAGGAUCUGAUUCACUGGCGAGACCCCAAGAAGUCGGGCGUGGCGUUCGGCCUGUCCUUGCUGAUGCUGCUGUCGCUCGCAGCCUUCAGCAUCAUCAGCGUGGUCUCCUACCUGCUGCUGGCUCUGCUCUGCGUCACCAUCACCUUCCGCAUCUACAAGUCUGUGGUCCAGGCUGUGCAGAAGUCCAACGAGGGACACCCGUUCAAAGCACUGAUAGAUAAGGAUGUCAGCAUCGCUCCAGAGACUUUCCGCAAACACGUGGAUGCAAGUCUGACCUACAUCAACCGAGCUCUGAAGCAGAUGAGCCACCUUUUCUUGGUUGAAGACCUUGUGGACUCCCUAAAGCUGGCUGUGGUCAUGUGGCUGCUGACCUACGUAGGAGCCGUCUUUAAUGGAAUCACCAUCCUCAUCCUAGCCGACAUCCUGCUCUUCACGGUGCCCCCCAUCUACGAGAAGAACAAGACUCAGAUUGAUCAGUAUAUCGACCUGGCACGUACUCAAGUCAACAAUACUAUCGCCAAGCUACAAGAGAAACUCCCAGGAGCUAUGAAGCGCAGCAAAACUGAAUGAUCUCCCAGCCCCAAACCAAGCACCACGUCCCAUCAUCUUCAUGUUCAUCACCAUAUCUUCCCUCCCUAUCCCAGUCUCCGGUUAUUCCGACUCCCUGGUCUAACUCCUCCUCCCCACACCGUCCACCAUCAGCACCCUACUACACUGAAAAUUUCUAGAUAGAAAAUCUCUGAGCUACUCAAGCUGCACAGUACUGUGAUUAUUAACUUGCAAGCAUUAGAAAAGAACUGUGCCUGUGCAGACAGGAAGCACAUAGCAAGCGAGGAAGUGGCGUAACGGCACGACGUAUCCCGCCUGGCUGUGGACAUGCCGCAGGGGAACGGAGACGGGAUCGAGUGAACUAGACUGAAUCUAUGACCUGGUUUUGUCUCGUGCAGCAGCAGAGGGUGUACGAUGGCAGCUGAUGUCACAAAAUAGCAAAUGUCUGUACUCAACCCGCAUGUUUGCCUGAAGGUAAAUGGCAACGUUGUCUCCAAGUAAAAAAUCAGCAUCCUUUUGGGUGGUAACAAGUUUCCAUUCACCGUACAGACACUUGUCUAUGUAAGUAGUUUCUGAAAUGCACUGAACUUUAUUUUUUCAUGAGCAGGUUGAAAUAAAAAGGAUGGGAACUUUGAGCCAGCUGUGAUAAUUUGGUCUAGUUCACCUUCUUUUGAUCAGAUGUAGGUUUCUGUGUACACCUUAGAGCACGUCCGCACUGACAGAGCACGUUAGCCUCGCGUUUUAAAGGAACGUUCCCGUACUCCCUUUCAAGCCACAAAGUGUUGCGUUCUCACAUUCACUUGUAAAUUUUGAUUCUUCUUAUCACUAUUAUUACUGCUAUUGGUAUUAAUUACACAUUAGCUGCUUGAACCUCCUUACUAGCUUGACAGUAGCAAUGUAAGAGUUAUGUUAAGUGUUUUUGAGCUUCAUAAGUUUAACGUGGAGGUCUGUCAGAAGCCUCUCGAGACAUGGAUUCCUGAUUAUGAACUAGGUUAAGCAGCAUACACUCGGAGCUGUGCCACAACCCUUAAAUCUAACGUCCCCGUCUAACUUUGCAGACGAUUGUUUUGUUGAGUUUCAAAGUGUCAAAUGUUUGAAUCUUCCAGCAUUGUUAUGUGUUUUAGUUUGUAACUCGACUUUAUUAAAUGUAAUGUCUAUUAAACAGUUGCUUUAGCUUUGGUGCAUUUUAAAAAUGUCUUAUUAAUAUUGUUUGGAAAAUCUCACUCGUGCGAGCGUUGUUUAGAGCGUAGGUGUGGGUUUGUACAAACAGGCGAGUGCAUUUUGAAUGUAGUGUUGCUGGAGGAGAUGGGGCGGGUCAUUACAGAGCUCUGUAUGACUGCCGUGAAGCGCAGGUGUAAGCUGGAGUCUUUCUAUAGGCUGUAUCAUAUUCUUGAUCCUGACUUUGGUUUAAUAUGAAUACUUGUGAUUGUUAUUAUGGUGUUUUUGAUCUCCUGUGUCGGCACUACUGCUUAAUCUCCAUAUUAAUUUAAGGGAUGAAUAUGUGGAUGGAAAUGAAAUGAGACAUAGUGUGUGUUAGUGUUGCUUCGUCGUGCCAGUCUGCUCAUCUCCUGAACGUACCGAAUGGCCGGCGGCGAGAGGCGGUCCUGCGUGACCGCUGCUGUUCCCGCCCCUGCUCCCCAUGCAUGUCCUCUGUGUGUUGACUCCUUGUACAUGCGCCGGUGUCUUGUUCGCACUCUGGGCGAGCGAGACAUCCACACGUGUAACUUCCUGUUAGCCUGUCGGCCCGGGUCAGCUGCCCUCAUGCUGCUGAGCUGUGCCGACCAGCCUGUGUCCAGCUGCUCCGGGUGCAGAGGGCACGGCAUGUGUUUGAGCUAAUCACACUUUAGAUCUCACAUAGAUACUGUUGUUAUGCACCCUCUUUAUUUGAAUGUGAAGAAGUUGCAUAUUGAAGCUUAUUUUAAAGUUGUCUUGUCAUUCAGAUUAGAUUUAUUAGAUGUUAGAUUUCUGCAUUAAAAAGAAAUGUUUUAGUUCUAUUUCACAUCUGCUUAUUAAUGAAAAUGAAGCAUUUGCUACUUUUUAAGGAAACAUUUGUAACUUUUAUUUUGUCAGUAUCUUUGAUUCCCCCAUUUUUAUUUAGCUUUUCUGGAUAGCUCAUCCUGACCCUUUAAUAUUCAUCCAGCUGACCUCAGGCUGUCAGUCAUCCCACGAGUAUUGCUAUGAAACAAAGAGAACUAGCUUCCAGAUGCACAACACCUUUUGAGUGUUACGUACGACUCACGAUCUGACCAGAGUGUGUCUGACUUUGAUGUUUUGGUUUCUUGUCAAUGGCUUUCUGCUUUACUGAUAUCUAGGUGUUGUUCACUAACAUCAGCUGUUCUGUAUUGGCUGACUUUGGUUCCAGUUUUUGAAGCUUUGGGAAGGCUGGUGUGGAGGGAAGGACAAAAAGCAUAUGUGUCUCUGUACUGAUGUCAAAGUGAAAUAAAUAAAAACACCUGAAAGGUC